AGUGUCUUUGCGUGUUAGUGAGUGUGCUGGGGCCGGUUUUGAUUUUUGUGCAUACAGUAAAGAAUGCUCAAAAUGCCUAAGGUAAAAUCAUGCAUGAAAGAUAAAAUCAAAUUAUGGUUAGGGAAUAAUUUGAACACUAAUUUUCAAUUUCCUUCUUCAACCAAAGACAAUGAGUUAUUCUGCAAAGUGUGUAAAAAAGUUUUUAAGUGCGAAAAAAAAUCACACUUUGAACAACACUGGAGUUGCGAUGCACAUAAAAAGAACGAGAAUAAAUCCAGUAAACAGACUUUACUAAACAUUAGUUCCGACAAUGAUUUUACGCAAUUUUGCACCGAUUUAUGUAGGGCAUUUACCGCAGCAAAUAUUCCAUGGAAUAAAGUUAGUUGUCUUGAGUUUAAAAAUUUUAUGCAUAAAUAUGUAGGAAGGCAUUUACCCUCAGAAAGCACUCUGAGAAAAAAGUAUUUACCAAAAGAUUACGAUAUGGUAAUUAAACAAAUUAGAAAUUCUAUUCGCAAUAAUGAUAUAUGGAUUAGCGUCGAUGAGACGACGGACAGAUUAGGAAGAUACAUAGCCCAUUUAGUAAUUGGAAAGUUAUCUUCUGAAGAAGCUGGCCGUCCUUUUCCAUUAGCUUUGAAGCAGCUUGAUAAAACUAAUAGCAACACAAUCUCGAGAUUUAUAAACGAAUCAUUGGCUUUAUUGUGGCCAAAAGGAACUGAACACAAAAAAGUUAAAUGGUUUGUAUCAGAUGGGGCUUCAUACAUGAUCAAAACUGGUACUAAUUUGAAGGUGUUUUAAGAAAAUAUAACACACUUAACAUGUAUGGCACAUGGGUUACAUUCAGUGUUUGAAACAAUUAGACCGAAUUAUCCAGAUGUCAAUGGGAUAAUUAGCAAUGUUAAGAAAAUCUUUUUAAAAACAUCAAUAAGAGCAGAGUUUUAUAAAAACAGUUUACCAGAUACACCUCCCUGUAUUAACCAGGUGGGGCACUUGGAUUCAAGCAGCAUUGUUUUAUGCAGAACACUUUGAUGUUUUAAAACAAAUCAGUUAAUAUAUAAUGUUUUUUUACUAUCAUUCUUAUAUUGAAUAUUUUAGGUUGUAAUGUCAUUUGAAGCCACAGAUGCCCAAAGCAUUAAAAAAGCUCAAGAAUUCCUGAAUAAAGCAAACGUUAAAAAUGAACUCUUGUGCAUUUAAAACUCACUUUAAAAUUAUUGCUGAUGCAAUAGAACAAUUAGAAACUAUAGGUCUAAAAUUAAACCAAAAUAUGGAAAUUGUGGAAAAAGUGUAUAUAUCUUUAAAAAACACACCAAGAAAGGUGGGGGAAAUGGCGUUCCAAAAAUUAUGUUCUCUGUUAAAAAAGAAUCCAGAAUACGAUUUUAUAUGUUCAGUAAAUAACGUAAUUUGCGGUAAUGGAAAUGCUACCACCAAUACAUACAUAAUGAAAACGUAGAUUGUUCAAUAUUUAAUUUUGCACCCAUCACUUCUUGUGAUGUGGAACGCACGUUUUCAAAACUUAAAAGUGUUUUAAGUGAUC